UUCACCGUUCAGAGAAGAAUUCGUGUCGAAGAAUCACAUUUGCCGUUCUCGUGGGAACCGAAAAUGGCCGAGCGUCGAGCUAUGAUCCGCAGCUUGCUACUCAUUGCGCUCGUCGCCAAGUGCACGGCAUUACCCCCCUCGUGUGACAAGUGCUACAUCCGUUCUUUGGACAACUGCGCCGCUGGCCUGUUUUUGUUCGCCACGGGAAACAAGGUACCGGAAACGGACGCUGACCAGGAAGAUUUCUGCAGGUCCCAGUCUGAGGCGCAGGUCUGGAGCCGUGAUUACGUCCAGAGAUGCACGAGAGGCAUGACCCGGGGCUUAUGCCGACCGACUUUCUGGACGACAUUAAGAAGGAGAUCAUGGAACGCUGCUUCAAGUCGAGCUCGUACCGUGACG